AUGGAGCUUCUCAAGUCUAUUGACAACCAGUUCAUGUUGGGACCCAGCAUACUUCUCACACCCGUGCUCGCGCCUUUCCUGCGAGAAUCGCAGGGCGUCUUCCCCGACGAGGUGCACGCCGUACCCGGCCAAAACGUUACACUUGAAGCCCCACUGGAACAUAUUCCUGUCUAUGUGAGAGGAGGCACGGUAAUCGCAUACCAGACACCUGCAAACACAACGACACACAUGAAGCAGAAUCCAUGGACUAUCAUCGCAGCGCUGGACAGCAACCAAGCCGCUUCUGGAGAGUUAUUUCUUCACGAUGGAGUUACUAUCGACCCAGAAGAUGCCAAAGUGUUCCAAUUCUCCGACAAUGUAUUUUCCAUUGCUGUCGAGGGCGAUUACGACGGGCACGCGACCCCACUUGAGAUGAUCGAGAUCGUAGGCUGGCACGGCAAGCCUGUGCAAAAAACUCUAGUCGGUUCAGGUGGCCAAAAACCAAAUCUCUACGAAGACGCCGAAUGCCGUAGUGGGGAAGGAGCCAACAAAGUGAAUGUCGACGGCCUCCACGGUAUGACGGAAGACGGGACUUUCGCCAGAAACCUCAUUAUCCAGUUCGAAUAG